UAGUGCGUUAUCGUCUGGGCUGGGCAGCAGAAACGCUCAGGAGCAGCAUCAUCGAUGUGGAUGAGUCCUCUGAAUUUCGACCUGAUUCUUCCUCACAUCGCUUGCAGGAUGCUUUAAAAGUCAAGGGUCAGCUCCCGAAGCAGAGAUGAGUCUGACGUCCUGGUUCCUCGUGAGCGGCGGGGGGACGCGCCAUCGUCUUCCCAGAGAGAUGAUAUUUGUGGGCCGGGAUGACUGCGAACUUAUGCUGCAGUCUCGCAGCGUGGACAAACAACAUGCUGUCAUCAACUAUGAAGCCAAUACAGAUGAGCAUAAAGUCAAAGACCUGGGCAGCCUCAAUGGGACCUUCAUCAACGAUGUCAGAAUACAGGAGCAGAUGUACGUGACGCUGCAAACGGACGACAAGUUGCGGUUCGGAUAUGAUACCAACCUCUUCACCGUGGUUCGAGGAGAGCUGCACAUCCCAGAAGAAGCCCUCAAGCAUGAGAAGUUGAGCAGUCAGCUUCAGCUGAGCCAGAGAAGGCUGCUGGAAGGAGAACCGCCGAAGCCAGACAUGAGACCCCCUGAGGCCACGACAGCACCCACGUGUGAGGGGGCCACAGCCAAGCCCCCUGAUGUCAGCAGACUAGAGGAGAAGGCUGCAGCUGAUGUUGCAUUGCUGCAUCGGGGUACCCCUCUUUACGGCCAGCCAGCUUGGUGGGGAGAUGGACAAGCUGAUGACCAAAGCACUGGAAGACCUGAGGAAAAGACCCUUGAUCGGAAACGUGACAAAGCUGAAGAAACAAAGAAAAACUCGGAGCACCGGAAAUCCUCCCUGCCCCUAGCAUCCUGCCAGGAGCAGAACCACUUUGAAAUUCCCAACAAGGAUUCACAGUCAUCGACUAAAGCAAGCGCUGAGGUCCGAGAUCCCGGCGCCGGCGCGCCCUCUGCUCCUGAGCCUGUCCACGGCCACGCUUCUUUUACCAUUGAGUUUGACCCCGGGGCGUCUGGAAAAGUCACUGUGAAAGAUCGAGUGACGAAAGCGGGAACGGAGACCAGGCCGCGACCCAAACGGGCUGUUGGCGAGGAGCUGAGUCCGCUUCAGACUGCUAUGGUGGCAGCAGAAGUCAAAGUGGCAGAUUGGCUGGCCCAGAACGAACUGCCCUUGCCGCUUAAAGAGCCAGCUGCUGAGGAGGAUGGGGAAAGUGUCAAGAGUGACGUACCCAUUCACCUGAGGAGUUUAAAAGGUAGCAAACACGAGGACGGCACACAGAGCGACACAGAGAACGCGCUCGGAGAACAGCGUAAAGCCUUAGAAGAGGCUCCUUGGGGUCCAUGGGGGAAUCCUGGAGUGAAGAUUCGGGCCGCUCGGGCAAACGUACCUGAAGGACUUUUUAUUGAGGAAGACAGUCCAGCACGCCGACGUAAACCUUCCAACAAAUUUGGGGAAAAACGGAGUGGCCCUGGCAUGCAGCAGACGAGUGGCCGCGAUGAGUCUCGUUCCCAUGGUGAUGAUUUCAGUGACAGAGGGACGUACACCAUUGAAAUGGAGAACGGAGACCAUGAAGCUGAGGAGGCCAGAAGGAUGAUUGACAAGGUGCGCAGGAAGAGACAUGUGUUUGGUGUCGAUGAGCAGGAGGCGGUGUGUGUUUCGCGGCUGGGCGGCGUGGACCGCUUUUCAACGCAGAAGUCUCACAGCAGAGACAGAGGAAAGGCAGAGUGCGUUUCGGAGGAACUGAUGGUGGGUGGCCCCCGCUGGGUCUCACAGUGGGCCACGCUGGCUGCCACCCAUGUAAGGACAGACCCUGAGGGAUCAGGGGGUGAAAGCCACUCAAUGGUCACAGAAGGACGAGGAGACACCAGUGAAUCCAGCCGUUCAUUCGCUUCUGAACGAAAGAGAAGAACUUUACCGCAACUGCCUGGAGAGGAGCCCUCCACAGGGAAGAUGGUGGGUUCUGUCUCGCAUGUAGAUAUGGGAGAAAAACAGGACACAGAGCUGCAGGAGAAGGAGAAUAGGGAGGAUAAGACUUCGAGGGGGAGGAGUCGGACUGGAUCUGGAACAGGAGGGAGUCCGAGUCGCUCCUCACCAGCGAGGUCACAAGACAGCGGUGGUGGCAGAAGUGGGUUGAAUAAGCUCCCCCCUCAUCCGAUGUCUGGUGGAGACAGGAGAGUGGAGGAGGGGAGGAGGAAAAAGAAGGAGGAGGAGAAGGCCAGGGAAAGUGGUGGCAAACCUUUGCUGAGGCAGGAGAGUUUCACUGUAGAGAAACCAAGCUCCAACAUCCCCAUCGAGCUCAUUCCACGAAUUGAUGGAGUGACAGCAGGCAGGACUCGGGAUGUGGGACUUGACAGUGCCGUGCUGCAGAAAGACUCGGAAGCUGUUGCGGCCUUUUUGGAGACCACUGUGUCAGAUCAAGGUGACCCACCCAGCCACUCCAUUGAAGGGUCAGUGUCACCGGAGUCCGAUGUGGAUACAACAAGCACUGUCAGCCAGGCUGAUGGAGUGAGGCGAGUGGUCCAGAAACGCAGAGCCCUGGCAGGUCAACAGAAGGAGAAAACAGUUUUGUGUUCAAGCCACAAAGGGCCUUCUGCAGGCAGGGACACCCACGACAGAAGAGUCAAGACCAGAUUGUCUGGUCCGCAGCUGUCUAGUCAGCCAUGGACAUCUCAGGAUCUUACUGAUGACGACAUCAACUCCAACUCGCUUUUCUCUGACUCACAACCCACCUCCACCCAGGAGUCUAAAGGGUCUCAUCCAAGAGACCAAUCAGGGAGCACCAAAGCUGGAGCAAGCACCAAAUCUAGUCGCGCUAAAAACAACCAGGUCCCAGCAUCAUCUGCAUCCAGCAAAGCUGCCAAUGUUCCCAAACCCAGGCCGACUAGGACGUCACUCCUGCGGAAAGCUCGACUGGGCGAGUCUUCUGAUACUGAACCUGCAGAUUUGGACAGAAUGUCUGUGGCAUCUGAGGCCUCCACUGCUAGUUCCACAUCCAGAACGGGGAUGGGUAAAAGGGGCAUGUCAAGGAUAGAGGCGCUGGCUCAGCCGAGGAGGCCCCGGGUCGGGUCCCCAUCAGCACAGAGCGACUCUGAAGCCACUGUGACGAGGAGAGGUGCAGGAGCCCGUGGUGCCGCUGGAGAUUAUGCCCUUAGACAAGGACUGAGAGGGCUGAAUGUGGCCUCACUGUCUGGACCCAGAGCCCGGGCCAACAGUGCCUCAAAACUACCUGACAAAAGUAAAUCCUCGUCAUACGGACAUACAACACCUGCAUCUGGUGCUCGCUGGCGUCGCGUACCGGUGGAGUACGCUUCCACCUCAGAGGAUGAGUACGGCUCAAACCGCCACCUAUCCAAAGAGGCACUGUCUAGACCAUUUCCUGCCACCCGAGUGGCUCAGCUCAGCGGCUCUGCCCCAGCAACCCCGAACCCCGCGGCUCUCGUGGCCGUGAAGCAGCACUCCCGGGAUCAGGACGAGUACAUGAGAGACUGGACGGCCCACAGCGAAGAGAUCGCCAGGAUUAGCCAGGACCUAGCCAAAGACCUGGCCAUGCUUGCCAGGGAGAUCCACGAUGUCGCCGGAGAGAUCGACUCCGUCAGCCCGGCUGCCGCCGACCCCACAGUCGGGGAGAAGGUCUGUGAUGAAAGUCUGGAUCCUGCCGCUUCCUCCCUUGAUGAAAGCAUUGGAACCAAUGGACAGUCUGUUGAACUCAGAGCCAGAACCUCCAGUGGAAAUGGGUCACGUUCUAUUCGUCGGCAGACUUGGAACAGAGAUGAGGCGGGAUUGGAUAGUUUACUUCUGGCAUCUGUGAGUCAACUUUCAGCCAGGAUACGACAGUCUGUGGAGAAAACAACCUGCAAGAUAAGGAUUCUGUUCAAGGAUAAAGAACGGAAAUGGGAGGAGAUCGAGAACAAGCUUCAGAUGGAGCACGACUCUCUACUGCUGAAGAGCUCCAACAAGGAGAUCUCAACUAUCAUCCAAGACCUGAAGAGAGUGGAACGACAACUGCUAGUCAUUGACAUGAUGGUGGACCCAGAUGGCACCCUGGAUGCUCUGUCCAGUCUGGGCAUCACCAGCCCUCUGACAGACCAAAGGACCACUCCAGUGAACCAGCAGGGGGAGCCCGCGCUGCACGCCGGAGCCGAGGCCUCUUCAUGCGCCCGCUCAGACUCACGAUGUGACGGGGCAGCGACGGAUGGCGUCUCAUAGAGCCGGACCCAAAUUUUAAAGACAUUUUUACUCAUGUUGCAAUGCUGACUACAACUACCACACGAAUGGACUUAGUCAAUGACCAACACUGUCGGUUCUUUUGGGAUGUCAAAUAUACAACAUUCUGUUUACAGAUAAGCUAUGAUACUCAACCCUCUGUGUUUUAUAUUAUUCAUUCCUAAAUGGUUGUGGGAAACAUGUGAAUGACUGCAGGGCGGGAGAUUCCUUUCUCUUCUUUGUAUACAUUUCAAGAGUGGAACCCAAACGAACAUAUGUUGUCUGUUUGUGUUGAGAAGUUGUCUGAUCUAUGCCAAUGCGGAAACCCAAAGUCCAGAAGUGCAAAGUGUGUGGUGCGAAAAGUGUCAAAGAACUUAGAAGUGAAGGAUAUAACCCCCAGCAGGCAGUGGAGGUCAAGCGUUGACCCCGCCCCCCAGGGAUUAUUCCAGCCGGCCAUGACUUAAAGUUCCUAAUGUAGCAGCCCCAGACGCUAGUCACAAGUGCCCAGAAUGAACUAAUCAUUUAAAAGUGUGUGUGUUAUGAUGAGAGGGAGACGUUAGUCAAAGCUUUGCACUUUCUAAAGGAAAUAUUCCUUGAUGGGACCAGGGCAUGAUCGGAACAUUAAGAACUUCACACUGAAGUGUAAAAACGAUGACAUAAAUCCGCGCCGUCAGAAAGGUCAAGGUUUCCUUAGGUUAUUUACAAUUUACAUCCGUUUGGCAUUAAAAAUGUCCCAGUCAUGUAUUUUAUUUGUGUGUGUGUGUGUGUGAGUGAGUCGUGUUUGAAACAGCACACAGAGACAGCGGCGCCGCUGUCAGGUCUCUGAUAUGUUGCCUCUUAUCUCAACGUUUACACUUGAAUGUAACCUGGUCAGACCUGCUCGCCAAAUCAUCAUGACUCCAUCGUUGUGCCCGGCACCUUGUGUACUUUUGAGAAUUUUGAAGAAGAUUCUGUUAUUUGUAGGACUUUGUUUCUUUGUGAAAAAUAUCCUACUAAAUGUUUAUCUUACAAUACCUGUGUAUUGUUACUUUGAUCUUUAAUAAAAUGCAUGAUAAUACCGUGCUGGCAACUGUACUGUUGUGAAGUGUUCUGUGGAUUAUUCUCAGAACCCAAGUCCGGUUAUUUCAAUCCUAAAGGUGGUCAAUGGAUGGUCCAUUUCUCUUCAAGUGAUGAAGAAAUGAUGAAGAAAAUUGGAGGAAUUGUGAAAGUAAAGUAGUAUUGGUGGGUGCAUGUUUGUGUUUUUGCACCUUCCAUGUCGGGUGCGCAGGCAGGUGGACAGAAGAGGAAGGAGUUGUAGUUGUUUAAACAUCUGACCCAGGGUUGCGUUUUUAUCCAGAGAAAUGUGUAUUUUCGCUGAUGUCUUCAGUCCAGUUGAAGUGUCUCAUUAUUCAGAUGCUGGUCUCUGGAAGGAACCACAAGUCUGGUCUAGGUUGAGGAUCAGAAAGGAGUUUCCAUUAGGUUCUUGAGGUCGACUGACUCAAGCACAGCUGAAAGAUCCAGAGCAGCAUCCACAGUGGACAGCAGUGAAAAGCUCUUUGUUAAAGUGCCUUUGAGCAAGAUUGAUGUGGCUCACAAAGAUUGCUGUGUAGAGGACCAGAUUCAGGAGAAGCUUCAACUGUUGCAGGGUACCAUGGGGUCCAAAGCACCAUUAGCAAUGGACAACAUCAAAUGAAAUCCUGGCCUUGUACGGUGACAUGGAGGCAGACCAGCUGCAACAUGACUAGUUCACCGACAUGAAUUUGAAGUAGUCUCAUUUUAGUGACAUUUGGAGAUGCCGUCGUGCUUUUGAGCAAGGCAGAAGAGUCAGGGUCGAUGAUAGCGCUGCAGAAGACGCUUCUUGCUGAAUGUAUGAGAAGCUACAAACAAUUCUUGUCUAUGGCAGCUCCUGCGGUGAACCAGAC